GUUAAAACUGCGGCACUCUCUGUUCACCUACCGUUCUAGCAAAAUGCCUGAAAUACUGACACCAAGGAUUCAAGCAAUUCAUUCAAGCAACACUAGUGCUAGUAACAGACUGGAGGGGUUCAAGGCACAUGCUGUGUUCCAGGAAAUAAACAAGAAGCUCCAGGAGGAAGGGGAGCUGUUUGUGAAAAAGAUUGGGGGAGUGUUUGCCUUCAAAGUAAAGGACGGCCCAAAUGGACAGGAGGCAACUUGGUUUGUGGAUGUGAAAAACGGCAAAGGCUGUGUUCACAAUGACGCAGCUAAGAAAGCAGAUUGCACCAUUGCCAUGUCAGAUACAGACUUGUUGGCCUUGAUGACAGGGAAGAUGAAUCCACAGUCUGCAUUUUUCCAGGGCAAGCUGAAGAUCACAGGGAACAUGGGACUGGCCAUGAAGCUUCAGAGCCUGCAGCUGCAGCCGGGCAACGCCAAGCUGUAGAUGAGAUGUCGGAGCUAGCUGCAACUACACCUCUGAACACUGAAUAGUUAACCACGAAGAAUUUUACAGCAAGUCUGGUUUCAGAUAAAUUUCAAAGGUCUGUAAAGCUUCUCAUUACAGGUCUGAACCACUUUCUCUACAAGCGACCUCACUGAUCGACCAGGGGAUUAUUCAGCAGCCCUGCCAAUAUAACUGGAGAAUAAGAUAAUAAGAAGAUUCUCUAAUUAAGUCCCUCUCACAAUAAUACUCAGUACACUAGAGUAGUGACAAGUGCUCCCUACUUAUAGAUACUAAUUCAGUUUAUGUCCAGUUUUCAAUAAUUUCCUAAUGUCCGUUGCUAAAGAAGUCUUUCUUUUAGUGUACUGUGUCUGGAAAUGUUUUGAGUAGAGCAGAUUGAUGUCAUUUUCCACAAUCAUGGACAGCAGCCUAAGUGCCUCCUCGUCUCAGACUUGCAGUUCGCUCUAAGGUUUUUAGCCAACAUGUUUUUCACUGUGACCACCCAAUGUUUUAACAGAGGGGGUUGUACUUUUCUGCUGUACUAUCAUUAUUGUAUGAACCUCUAAAAGGAUUUCUACUUAAUAAAUUUUCUUUUGCUGCAAUGUG